CUUUCUCAUUGAUGGUAACUAUUUACAAUUUAAUAACCCCGGACGGCAACAACCCAAACCCACCCCACCAGUUGAACACAAGCACAUACAACAAAUUACAACAGGAAAAACAAUUUGAUUGCCUUGCUAAUUUAACACAACAGUAAACUUUACAUAAAUUACCCACAAUGCAUCAUGCCACCAGCGCUGGCUGCCGGGUCACUACAAUAUGUUUGAGAAUGUGCUUUAGGAAUAAAUUUCAUUGUUGUUCUCACACGCAGUACCGAACAUAUCCAGUUCAAGAUGGAAAAGGAGGAAAGAAACUGCCAUUCAUCCUGUGUGACACUAUGGGCAUGGAAAGUACAGGCGAUGAGAAUGGGAUCCAUAUAGAUGACAUCAUCAGUGUCAUUAAAGGACAUGUCCCAGACACAUAUGAGUUCAAUCCCAAGGCACCAAUAAACAGGAAUGACAAGCGCUACCGAGUGGAGCCCCGCCUGGCUGAUAAGGUGCACUGCGUCGUCUACGUAGUUGAAGCAGACAAAAUCUGCCUUAUGGAUCAAAAUCUGUUGAAGAAGUUUAAGUUAUUCAGAACUGAAGUGAACAACAUGGAGAUUCCUCUGCUUGUGUUGGUCACUAAGAUAGACGAAGCCUGCCCUGAAGUUAAAAAGGACCUGACUAAAGUGUACAGGAGCCGCUACCUUUAUGAGAAGGUGAUUGAAGUUGAACAUAUGCUGGGAGCUCCCAUCUCCUCCAUCUCCCCGAUUAAGAACUACUCAACAGAGACGGAGCUCAACCUUCAUAUGGACGUUUUGAUCCUGAAGGCCCUGCAGCAGAUGCUAAGAGCUGCUGAUGCCUACUUAGAUAAUAUGAAUCAACAAGACCCUCAUUCAGUGAAGCAGUUCCUGAGGUUUUUAUUUUGCCGUUGUUCAAAAACUUAAUUCCAUUAAAAAAUAAUAAAAAAAAAUUUACAACUUCUUAAACCAUUACAGGGUUGGUUAAUAGGAACUCCAGUCCACAUGCAUACUGGUUUACACCAAUUAAUCCAAGGAUGUAGGAUGAUCUGGAGAAAAUCCACAGAGACUUGGAGAAGUUAUGUAAAGUCCACCCAGGUCUUUACAGUCAAGAGGGAGAAACACUAAUCAAUACACUAAAGUGCCAGCCGUUUCGAUCAAGUGAAGUUGUAAUGUAGAGAUGUAGAGAAUUAUUUGAUGUUAGUUUUCUAAAUAUUUGACACGUUUAUUGCCUUACUUUGUUAUCUUUUCCAUUUCACAUUGUUUAACAUAGACAUGUGGUAUUAUGCUUAUCUUGUGAUCUUCGAAUUAACUACUAAAGCAUCUUGUAUUAGCGCUCAUUGUGGAACAUACUGUUUUAAAUAAAUGUUGCCUUAAACUGA